GCUCAAUUCACAUCCCUGCACGAAGGUGCGAUUGAAUUUGAAGAGCUAGCAUUUCAGAGCAACGCCAGGCAGGGGCAAGGGCAACCUUAUCAACUCCAUGGAGGCCCCCUGGCUGGAAAGGCGGCCAGUGGAGGCGGAGAGACCACCCUGCAGAUAUGGUGCAAGUUGCUACAGGCGCCAGCCAGAGCACCGCAUGCAAUUCAGCCACCCGCCAGAGAAUCCACCACCAGUGGAAGACAAUGCUGCUCUUUUGGACUUCAACGAUGUGGACCUCAUAGCAAAGCAGGCUGCGCUUCUGGCCGACUUUGAGGCCAAGAGACUCUCAGUUUCACCUGCACAACUCAAAACACCAAUUAAAAGGGGAAAUGAAAGACGACUAGUUGCUCAGAAUGGUUUUGUUCAGAAUGGUACCCUUCCUAGGUCCCCACCAGGCUCUGCGAGCCAUGGACCGAAGCUGCCACUCAUGUUGAUCUUGGGUGGUCCGCCAGGGAGUGGCAAGAGCACCUUUUCGGAUGCGCUUGUGCGGCAGGCAGACGUGCCUUGGACCCGUGUCUGCCAGGACAUCGCCGCUGGCGGCGCCAGGGGCACUCGGCAGCAGUGCCUGAAGCAGGCCAAGAACGCGCUCCUUUCUCAGCGCUGCGUGAUCAUCGACCGCUGCAACAUUGACCGGGACCAGAGGGCCGACUUCGUUGCCCUUGCAAAGAGCAUGCGCAUUCCGGUGCACGCGUUGUUUCUGGACCUGCCUUUUCAGCUGGUGGUACAAAGGGCCGCUGCGAGGGUGGGGCAUGAGGGGGGUGUGGAAGGGGCGAUGGCAGAAGGCAUCAUUAGACGCUUCAUACGCACAAAAGAGAUGCCGUCCCUGCUGGAAGGCUUCACCAGUGUCCGAGUCUGCAAAACGGACAUGGACGUCCAGACAGCCUUCAACGAGUACAAGACCAUUGGCACGGGGGGCACUGCUCACGCUGUAAGACAGCAAGGCCCAUUCUCUGACGGUGCCGUGCGAGACUUUGGAGUUCCAGAGAUUGGGUCGCGACCAUUUGAGGGCCAAACGGACAACCAGUCUGCAAGGGAGGGAGCGUUUGGCGCUGCCGCAAGCGCAGGCGAUACGAGACCCUUUUGGGGCGGUAGAAACGGUGGCUUCGGAGAUGACGUCAGCACAGGCGGUGCAAGGGGGAGGACGGAAUCCGGGUUCGGCGGGGCAUCACGAAACGGCGGCUCUUAUGUGGUGGACGACCCGAUGGACAUAGAUGCCCCCGAAAGACGAGGUAUCUCUGCAGAACCGGCUGAACUCUCUCAUGGGGGUUCCGCCUCUGACGCGGGGAAGGUUAACGGCAAGCGAAAGAUCGAUGACGCCAGCAAUGGCUUCAGCACGAGGGGCGGCGGGGAUGGGGGCGAAAGAGCGAGCGGUGAGCCUGGCCAGGGUUUCACGAACGGGGGUGACGGGGAGAGAGUUUCUUUGGGGAACGGACGAGCUGCUCCUUCGUUUCGGGGGGGUGCAGAAAGCAGCGGCGCAGGGGGGGCUUUGGAGACCCCCGGGAAAGCGUCAUCAAGCGAGGGGGCCGGUUCACACCCGGCCUGCUUCCGGCUCGCGUUUCCAUCGAUCUCGACGGCUGACUUCAUGUUCGAUCACGAGCGCGCCGCUGACGUCAUCGUGGACGAGGUGUCGGCGUUUCUGGAGAGGACACGUGCCGACCUGCAUUUAAUGCUGGUGGACCUGAGCGGGGAGAGCGAUAUCGUGCGGCGGGUGAGGGGGGCCGCAGAAAGGAAGGGACUGGAUUUUGGAGCAGGGAAGAGGUUUGAGAUCCGGGGGGCGGAUAUCACGAAGCUGAGGACCGGGGGGGCGCCGGAGAGCCAGGUCCUGGCAAACGCAACUAACUGGCGACUGAAGCCUGGGGGCGGCGGUGUGAAUGCGUCCAUCUACAGCGCAGCAGGGCGCGCCUUCGUGCAGGCAACAAAGGCGCAGGGGGAGUCGCUCGCCCCGGGGGCAGCUUUGCCCGUCGAACUACCCCCUGCUUCCCCGCUGCGGAGCCAGGAGGGUGUAACCCACGUGAUUCACGUGCUCGGUCCGAACAUGAACCCCCAGCGCCCGAACUGUUUGAACGGCGACUAUGAGGCUGGGGUAAGACUGCUCAGGCAGGCCUACCGGGCGCUUUUUGAGACUUUUUCAAGCUUGGCGAGUGGUCGGGGGUCUGAGCCGGGGGAACGGAGAGAGGGGGCGGGAGAGAGACGGGGUGUGACGGAGGGAGAAAAUCUGAGGAAAGGUUUGGGAACCGACAGAGGCUCGGAGGGGUUUGAAAGAGGGGUUAAGGAAGCGAGUUUAGAAGCAGGUCCAAGCAGAGCGGAAGCGAAAGGCAGUGCGGAGAAAGGAAAGCCGGUCAAUGCCUUUGCAAUCAUGAUGCAGUCCGCCAAGAAGCGCGAAUCUAGCGGCGGGGCGAAGGGAACGGAAGACGGAAAGAAGACCAGAACGGAAGGCAACCCUGUCGCCCGGGAAAGUGCCCCGAGCGCAAAACCCGAUGCGAAACCCGGCGCCAAACCCGAGGCAACUCCUUCCAGGGGGGGCGGUGGGUGGGCGGGAAAAGGGGGGUGGUCCGAAGCGCUGAGGGACGUGGCGCUACGGCCGGACCGGCACCAAGACGAGGUUUUGGACGAGGAGGGGGGCGCUGUCGUGAUCAAGGAUCUAUAUCACAAGGCGAAAGUGCACUACCUGGUGUUGGCGUGUGCGGACGGUUUGGACACUCCGUACGACCUCGGACGCGAGCACCUGUCGCUGCUGGAGCAGAUGGUCAAGCUGGGCCGGCGGUGGGCGGCGCGCGCGUCCGAAUCGGACCCUGACCUGCGGUUUCGUUUCGGGUUCCAUACGGAGCCGUCGAUGCGCCAAGUGCACCUACACGUGAUAAGCCAGGACUUCGAGUCGGAGCACCUAAAGAAUAAGAAGCACUGGAACUCCUUUACCACGCCCUUCUUCCGGGACGCGACAGCUGUCAUCGCCGAGAUAGAAACGGACGGACAGCUGUCUCGACCGACCGCAGACGCUACGGAUGGGUUGCUUAAAAAGGAGCUACGCUGCCACCGGUGCCGGUGUGUGCAGCCAAACAUUCCGCGCUUGAAAGCGCACAUCCGGGCGUGCGAUGCGCCGCUUCCGGGAGAGGUGGUCAGCUCGAGUGACGUAGUAGGAACCGUCGACUGAUGUAAAGCAGGGCUGUUAGGGUAUCAAGGCCGCUCAGGGAUAUUGAAACAACGUGCAACUGAUAAUCAUAAGUCUCUGCAUCCGUCGGGAGAUUGACAAACUGCAGGCCUAGUCAAACACCAGGCAGCCAUGCAGGCAGCUGCAGCUAGCCUGAAUAUUGAAAUGAUCCACAUUAUAUUGUAUUA